AUGCCGGUCGCGGGUCGGCGGCGGCAUUUAUUUGGCGGCAGGCUGCUCCUCGUUGCAGCUGUCCCUGGAGUCGAUGCUUUUUCCUCCGCAGAAUGUUGGGUCGGAGGCUGGACUCCUGAAAUCUGCUGCAGCGCACCUGGGGCCAAGGGAAACCCCCUUUGCUGGGACUCUGUCUUCACCUAUGACAGAUGCUGCACAGAGACGGAAGAAGGCAUCCAGUUCGACCUACGUCGUCGAAACUUCGUGGCGGACAUGGUUCGGAGGGGUGCCACAGUGCAGUUUGACAUUCGACAAGUCUUUGGUGGCCGUACCGGUGCUGUGGCAUCCAGGACACUUCCCUCCAGAUCGACGGUUUUGAGGGUUCCCUCCACCCAGGUUUUCUCACUGAAGAGUGUGCACUCUGCGGUGGUCGAAGCAUCAAGGCGUCAUAGCUGUGAUGCACAUGCCAUUUUGAGCCUGGGUUUGGCGCUCGAGAGGGUGAAUCCCAACUCAGUUUUGGCGGACUGGAUCAAGCUCUUGCCUCUCACCUUUGCAAAUGUGCUGUGGUUCUCCGACAGGCAGUUGACACUGGUGCAGAGGACUUUCUUUUCCUACAUAGUCCAGAAUUGGUUUGAGGACCUCGACUGCAUGGGUCGGGCCGCUAAGGAGAUGAAUCCAAAUCUUUGGCGCGGACGACCGGUCACGAAGGAGGACCUGCGCUGGGCACUCAGCGUGGUGAAAACCCGCGGUUUCGCGUUUGAGGGCACCCGGGAGAGCACCAUGCUGAUACCACUGGCCGACUUCCUCAAUCAUAACAUGGUUGCCAGCGUUAGAACUGCAACCCUGGCGGAGGACGCACUUCGGUUCGUCGCCACCAAGGAUGUCAUGCCUGGUGAUGAGCUGUGCAUCGAUUACGCACAGGCUUCCAAUUUAGAGUUCCUUGUCCGCUACGGUUUCCGAGUCGAGGACAACCCUUUCGGUGGACGCCAGUUUGAGCUCGGAGGUGAACCGAUGCAGGUGAUGCCCGGCGCUCCUUGA